AUUGAAUACAUUGUUGGUUGUAUACUUUGUAACACUCUUUAUAACUAUCAUCAAUUCGAUACAUCGCGCGGCCUACCAUAGCUUUAGAACUUUUCAAUGGGUAAAGGGAUUAUGUUUACUAUGUAUGAGAAUUCUUGAAAGAAAUUGAGAAAUACUUAAAUAACCAAGAAUGUUGACAAAUUAUUCUAAUUAUGACGUUUUGAAAAAGGUGAAUAUAGCCUAAUAAUGAAAAUACGUAAGUACUUAUGCAAUAAUAGGGCUAAUCUAGAUGCAUAGGCCUAAUAAAACAUGUAUUAGACUCGUGAGUGGACGACAGAGAGAGCCUUCAAAGGUUGCUGCUGGUCCUUUUGCAGAGGUGUUGGUAUCAACCAGGUCUUUGUGAGAAGUAUUUAGACACCCAAAGCCUCUGCUGCUAAGUCUGAAUUUCCUGCCAAAGAAAGGAGAGGAAAGGACAAGAAAGAGAACACAGGCAACGACCUCAUAACACCAAAUCACAACCAAGUCUGUGACCCAGAGUCCGAGGCAACACUUCCUUAGCAACCGCCACACAGAACAGAACCCAGUCAUGUUCCGAAGGCUCACUAGUCUGUUUUUUGGAAGAGAUGAGGACAUCCCUACAGACCAGAGGACAUCCAACCCUUCAGAAAUGCUUGAGGAAGGGUGGCUUCUGAUCAACCAUCAAGAAGCUGUCAAUGAAGUGAACCCAUUGGAGGAGCAGGUAGUGGAGUGUGCCAACACGUCUAUCUACAGAUGUCCCUCCAACCCACCUGUCACUGAGGAGACUGAACCCAUCUCAGAAACUGGCGUCAGGAUGUCAGAACCAGAGGUCCCAGUCCAAAGAGGCGCCACCAGCCCCAGCCGGAUCAUUCGUGGAUCAGUGUCCAUGGCUGGACAGCUGGCUAAGGUCACACAGGUUGCCCGUGUCCAGAGGGCUCAGACCCGGGUGGACCGCCGCCACCUCACACGGAGCUGCAUCCAGCGGCAGAACUGUGUCCGCCAGCGAGCUCAACGCCACUCCUCACGCACGCGCACCACCUACCUCCAACAGCCAGGCCACCGCAACUUCAGCCACUGAACACCCAGCACCAGGGAGCACUUUUAACACAAGAGCAACAGGAACCUUUAAUCUGCUCACACCAUACACACACACACACACACACACACACAGACAGACAUGCUCAGACACCUUCACAAAUGCAACAUAAAUUGAUUGGCAGCAGAUUUCCAGCGAAAUAAAGUCAUAAUUCAAACACAUUUUGCAGAGUUCACUCUUGUGUAAAUGAAGGUAUUUCCCAAAUGAAUCCUAUCUACACCAUAUGAUACAAAACACUAAGCUUGUUACUCGGAAUUGUCACCUGUUCACUGGCAGCUAAAAAUUACUUUUGAAUCUGUACUGUAUAUGACAAGAGAAUGAAGAUGUUUGUAGGCUUGAUAGUGUGUGGCUAUGGCAAAACUGUCAGUGGCAUGCACAUUUCUGUGCAACGCCUAUGCAAAAAAAUUGCUAAAACAUAUGUAGAGGGAAAUUAAAAGGUAUUUGUAUCAUUGCAUGUAUGUAUUUUGUCAGAUUGUUGUGUGUGGGUAAAAAAUAUUUCCUAUAGCAAUAAAAAAGGAUGACCCACGUGAUUGCACCAUUGUUCCUUUAUUCCAUUAUAGUGUCAGAACCGCAUUAUCAGGGCUAUUUGAUGACCAAAAGGCAUUACUAAUGUUAUCCAAUUCAUCAAUGUUAUGCGAAACAAUAUGUGAAAGGUUACAGAGAAACAGCUCUGUGUAUACUACUCUUUUUUUUUUAAAUGGCUGAUCAAUUGGUUACUUAAUUGGCAUAUCUGAUUGGCUGAGUAAUUCUUAACCCCUGUUUGUCAUUAUUGAGGUGUUGUAUGUUCAAGGGGAAGGUCAGGGAAGAUGGAUGUGAGUCCUGAGACUAAACUUAGUAGCAGUCAAUCACCAGUUGGUUACAAGAGCUUUGAGGGCUUACCUCAGUUGACUGUGGAUGACACAUUGCCCAAAGGGCAAAAUGGGAACUUGCAGAAAGAGCAUAACCGAAACACAGGUCUCCAUGGCCAUGGUGGCCUCAGCCUUGCCCCAGACCUCAAAAGUCUCCCAAAAGAAUUGCCCCUGAAAAAUCUAGCCUCUGGGAGCCAGAACCCUAACCUGGCUGAUCUAAGCUUGUCCUCCUUUAGAGAGACGGAUAAGGACCCCCUGUCUGGGGGACCAAGUAGGUGUGGCCCUUGGCAGGAUGGCAUGAUACCCAUCUAUGCUGCUUCUCUCACCAUUGCCAUAGCAGUCACCACCGCUAUGGUCCUGCAGAUUUAUCUAGGGACAAAUGAGCAGGUCUUCAGAGCGAGUGUGUUGGUGACGGACCAUGAACGCUGUACAGAGCUUGGUCGUAGGGUGCUGAAUGAUCAGGGCUCCAGUGUGGAUUCUGCCAUUGUUGCCGCCCUGUGCCUGGGAAUAGUCCAUCCACACGCGUCAGGUAUUGGCGGGGGAGGGGUGAUGCUGGUUCAUGACAUCCGAAAGAAUAUAAGGAAGGUGAUUAAUUUCCAGGAAACGGCACCCUCUGGAAUCAAGGAGGAGAUCCUGCAAAUUGACCCGGAGCUAAAGCCAGGUCUGGUUGUAGGUGUGCCAGGCUUGCUCAGAGGGUUGUACCAAGCCCAUAAACUGUAUGGAAGACUGUCAUGGGAGGAUAUUGUCACCAGGGCUGCCAAUGUAGCCAGAAACGGCUUUAAUGUAUCUCACAGAUUUGCAGAGGCCAUAACCAAGCUGAAAGGUCAGAAUAUGUCAUUGCGCUUCAGGGACAUGUUCUUGCCAGGAGGCCAUGCUCUGUCCCCCGGCUCUCUUAUGAAAACACCCAGUCUGGCUGCUGUCCUGGAGGCUGGGGUGUCAGAAUUCUACAGUGGGACUCUAACACAGGAAAUGGCCAAUGAGGUGCAAGUAAAUGGAGGAGUUCUAACCGAGGAGGAUCUCAGCAACUACAGUGCAGUCAUAGAGCAGCCAAUUGAAGGCCUGUAUCAGGGAUUUCGAGUUCUAGUGCCACCUCCCCCUUCUAUUGGUGCUGCUCUGAUCUCAGCCCUCAACAUUUUGGAGGACUUCCACCUCAAGGGGAAUAGUACAACUGGGAACAACCACUGGAUUGCUGAGUCACUGAAAGCGGCCCUGGCUAUGGCCAGUGGGCUCGGAGACCCUGUGUAUACCCCGUCAGUCUCUGCACUCGUCUCCAAGAUGCUAAGCAAGCCACAGGCUGCAGUGCUCCGUCAGUUGAUCAGUGACUCGCAGGCGUCUCCUCCCAGAUACUACUCUACUCUAUAUGACCUGCCGAGUGGAGCUGUGGCCAGCCAGGUGGUGGUCAUGGGUCCCGAUGACGUCAUUGUGUCUGUCACCAGCUCACUGAACAGGCCCUUUGGAAGUAGAAUUUUAACCCCUUCAGGCAUUCUCCUGAACAGCCAGAUCGUGGACUUCUCCUGGCCAAUUAAAACCAAGGGACUGUUAAUAUCCAACCUGAGGAACAGGGUCCAGCCAGGCAAGCGGCCUCUGUCAUUUAUAAUGCCCACAAUUGUGAUACCGUCUCUAGGUAAAUGUGGAUCCUAUGUGGCCCUGGGAUCUUCUAACGGAGAGCACAGCCUCAGUGGUAUCACCCAGGUCUUGAUUAAUAUUUUAUCAUACCACAAAAAUCUGAAUGAUAGUAUAUCCCUGGGACGACUCCAUCCCCAGCUUCAGCCGAGCAGCCUCCUGGUGGACUCUGAGUUCCUGGAGGAGGAUGUGAAGGUGUUGCGUCUGAAAGGACACACUGUCCACAGGGUGGGCCUGCUGUCCCUGGUGCAGGGUGCCCAGAGAACCAACGACAUCAUUAGGGGCAUUGUUGACCCUCGUGCUGUGGCUGGCUCUGCCUAGCUUUCUGAGAAUAUGGCUUUAUUUCAAUGUGAACAUAAGAAGAUUAAGUCAUAUCUGAGUUGUAUGUAUAUUAAAUUAUUAAUGUAUUAACAUUUUAGAUUUUCCUAAUGUGAUGAUAGUAUACAUUAAGGCAGAUCUAAUGGAAAGGUGAUAGACAUCACAGGAGGCUGCUAAGGGGAGGACCGUGAAUAAUAAUAUCCGGAAUGGAGUCAAUGGAAUGGCAUCAAACACAUGGAAACCAUGUAUUUGAUACCAUUCCACCGAUUCCGGUCCAGCCAUUACCACGAGCCCAUCCUCCCCAAUUAAGGUGCCACCAACCUCCUGUGGUAGACAUGAAUUUCAUCUCAGAUCAUGUAUGUGUGAAGAUGUGAGUAGCCUAUACCCAUCAGCCUAGGUCACAAUAGUAUAGGUUGUCCAAUAGAGGGCACUACUUGCCUUGGCAGAACUAGAUAAAUAUAGUUUGGCCUAAGGUUUGGUAAAAGUUGGAGGCAAAUACAUUAUCGCUCAAUCUCUUUACAAAUCUGACAUUUGCUGUUAGUCACUGCUGUUUUGUCUAGGUAAAGAUAAUACAUAUAGCCACCAGCUACUGUAUAUCUCCAAGAGUGCACUUCACAUGUGUGAAUGUUGAAUGUCAGAGACUCACAAACAAGCCACUAAAACCUGCUCCUAAUGAUCAAUGCAGCGUGGGAUGGGUUGAAAUGGCAAA